GCCGGCGGUCACCUCAGGCUGGGCAGCGCUCCCCCUCGCGAGGCCCAGUCCCCUUGCGCCGGCCACCCCGGCCCCGGUUGCGCCCCCCUCCCUGUGUCUCUUUUCAGACCCCACACACCUCUUCCCCUCUCUCUCCUUCCGAGUCUCCGCCUGCUUUUCCGUGGCAGCGGGACGGCGGCUGGGCUGGAAGUCUGCGUCCACCGGCCCGGUCGCAGCGCUGCCGUCACCGCCCCCUCAGCUCCGCUCCCGCCGCCGGGUGCCGGCCAGGGCUCCAGCCAAGCGCGGUGGAUUUAGGACUCCGGGAUAACCGGGACAUACAUGUACCUCAUGACUGAAGAGCAGGAAGGAGAUGGAAAAUAGCAAGUGGCUGAUCUCCAUUUUCCCAUAGUCAAGGAUCUACAAGUGCCAUGGAAAGCAGCUUCUGUUAAAUCUUUUGAGAUGGAGAUUAUACCUGCUAACAGGAUUGUUGCACAAAUUGGAGAAACACGCAUACUCACAUGCAAUACUACUGGGUGUGCAUCACCAAGAUUUUCCUGGAGAACACAGAUGGACAAUCCCCUUGGAGGAACAGUGAACAACCAUAGGACAUACUCUACCUUAACUAUGAAUCCAGUUAGCAUUGUGAAUUCUCAUGAUUAUCUGUGUACUGUCUUCUGUGGUGAGAAAGAGAAAAAAGAGAAGAGUAUCAAAGUUGAACUUUACUCAUUCCCCACUGAUCCUAUCAUUGAGAUCAGCCCAUCCUUAGUUGCUGGAGAACAAGUCACUGUCACCUGUAAAAUUCCUGAUGUCUAUCCUUCUCAUCACCUGGAAGUACUCCUAAAGAAAGAGGAACAUGUUCUUCAUGAGGAAAACUUUUUUCAAGAUGACAGCACAAAUACAGAGUCCAAAACUGUGACAUAUUCAUUUAAUCUCACAGCUGAGGAUAUUGGGAAAGAGAUUACCUGUGUGGCCAAGUUACCAAUUCCUAGUAUGGACUUUGAACCCAAAGAAAGAGUAAUUUCUCAGAAACUGAAUGCAAACUUUGGUCCACAAAAUACUACCAUUACAGCAUCUCCAAGCAAUUCACUAAUGGAAGGAGAGCAUUUAAAACUCACUUGUGUGACUGAGAGUAAUCCACCACCACACACAUUCUGGAGAAAACAGUUAGCUGGUGACAACAUUCAACAUCUGAUAGAAAACAAUGUCCUUUCUAUUCCUCAUGCCCAUUUCACUGAUUCAGGACAGUACAUCUGUGAAGUAAUUAAUCUGGCAACUAAUAAAACAGAGAAAGCAACUGUGGAUAUUUUUGUACAAGGUGCUCCAAACAUUGCAGAACUCUCAAUUGAACCUUCUACAACUGUUCAAGAAGGAGAAAAUGUUUCUAUACAAUGUUUUGCUGAGAGUAACCCUCCUUCCAAGAUUAUUUUAAGGAGAAAAUCUGACAGUGCAGACAUGGGGCCUUACAGUGAAGGAGGAACUCUCCUUCUGCCAUCUGUGACAUUCCUAAAUGGAGGAGUCUAUGAAUGUGUAGCAGAAAAUAAGUUUGGGAAAAGCACAAAGGAAAUAACACUUAAUGUGGAAUAUGGACCGAAAAAUACAACAAUUUCAGCUAUACCUGCUACUGUUGUUAAAGAAGGAGAUACUGUGAUGAUGAAAUGUACUAGUUCUGGAAAUCCAGUUCCAGUGAUCUCUUGGAAGAAAAUGAAGGCCACCGGAGAGUCUGUAAAAAUUUUUCAAGGUGCAACCUUAACUAUACAGAACAUAAAAAGUGCAGAUCUGGGGCUUUAUGAAUGUGAAGCUUAUAACCACUUUGGUAAAGAAGAAAAAGCUGUGAAAUUACUUGUUCAAGGAAGACUGGAAAAACCUGAUCAAAUGAUACCAUUGAUUAUUGCAUUCUCUGGUGUAGCAGCAAUAGCAGUGCCUGUAGUUGUAAUUUUGAUCUACGUGUCAAGAAAAGCAAAGAUAAAUGGAUCCUACAGUCUUGUAAAAGCACUCAGGCUGAAAGUGUAAUAAGUCUAAGCAAUGUUAUUUGUUGUUGUGACUGAUUCUACUUUUCUAUAACAUAUGGUAGCAAACAAGUGACUUCAGGACACCACUAUCUCAUAGCAAAUGGCUUAAUUUUUUCAAGUUUUGAUACAUGUUUCAGUAUUUAAUUUGAAGGGAAAGCUAGAGUCCUAUUCUAGAAAUUGGUAAAUCACUUCUGUGUUGAAGCACACUGAACAGAGUUCCUUGGAGAACUAGGCUUGUACAUAGUGUACAGUUUGUGUUAAAAAUAUGUUCAACUGAAUAUCAGUUUCUAAAAUUGCAGUUUUACUGCAACUGUACAGAGAAAUGUGGUUAGUUCAAAUAUAUAAAUCUGAAUUACUUGAGCUGAUCAGAUGAUAUUUUAUUUUGUAUUACUCUACAGAGUGAGUGCUUUUAAUAUAAUUUGUCUGCUUGUGAUAAUGUUUGGAAAAUGUUCUCUUUUCACUCAUAUUGUCAUGAACUCUGUACCUCUAAUGAAGUUACACAAUCACUGGACUAUGCAUUUCUAAUUAACUUAAAUGAAUUUAAGAUCUCAAGGGUCAUUUGUGAAAAGUUUUAUUUAUCGGAAUUUGUCUGGGAUCGUAUUCUUGUUAGUUUUAGAGCAGCUGAGGUAUUUUUUUAGGGUUUAGUCAUUCUCAUAUCAGGAUUCUGUUAGUUCAUGAUGAGCCAAAUCAGACUCUUCCUUUAGAAUAUAAACUGUCAAUAAAUAUGCUUUAUGGAUUUCCACUGCAAAA